GAGGAGGAGGAGGAGGAAGGGGAGGCCGACCAACAAGAUGGCCCCUGCUGCCGGAGCAGCCUCAGCAGCAGCAGGUGGGAGGCCGGAGGCGGCGCUGGCAGUGACGGCCGUGGCCGUGGCCCGGCGGCCUGGGACAGAGUCAGAGUCGACGGUGGUAGCGGCGGCGGCGGCGGCUGCCGCGGCGGUGGCGACGGCCGCGGGGACUCGGAGCUGAGAGGAGCUGCUGCUCGGACCAGCGCGGUUAUAUUUCACACUAUGUGCUGACUGUAUCUACAGAAGAUACUUAAAAAAAAAAAAAAAAAAAAAAAAGAUAAACUUUUUUCAAAGAUUUUGAUUCCAGUGGAAUCUUUGCUUUAGAUAUUGUGUGUGUGUGUGUGAGUGAAUAGUAACUCCAGAAGCAAUGCCUGUACAAGCUCCACAGUGGACGGAUUUUCUUUCCUGCCCAAUUUGCACUCAGACUUUUGACGAAACAAUUCGAAAGCCCAUCAGUUUGGGUUGUGGCCAUACUGUCUGCAAGAUGUGCCUGAAUAAACUCCACCGCAAAGCUUGCCCAUUUGACCAGACCACUAUCAACACAGACAUUGAGCUUCUUCCCGUGAACUCAGCGUUGCUGCAGCUGGUGGGUGCUCAGGUCCCUGAGCAGCAGCCCAUUACUCUGUGUAGUGGGGUGGAAGAUACAAAGCAUUAUGAGGAAGCCAAGAAGUGUGUAGAAGAAUUAGCAUUAUACCUGAAACCACUCAGCAGUGCUCGAGGAGUGGGUCUGAAUAGCACGACUCAGAGUGUUCUGAGUCGCCCAAUGCAGAGGAAGCUGGUGACUCUGGUCCACUGCCAACUAGUGGAAGAAGAAGGCAGGAUUCGUGCCAUGCGGGCAGCUCGGUCUUUAGGUGAAAGAACAGUUACAGAACUCAUUCUCCAGCACCAGAACCCCCAACAGCUCUCUUCCAACCUUUGGGCAGCAGUCAGGGCUAGGGGCUGCCAGUUCCUUGGACCAGCAAUGCAGGAGGAAGCUCUAAAGCUGGUUCUCUUGGCCUUAGAAGAUGGUUCUGCUUUAUCAAGAAAAGUAUUGGUUCUCUUUGUGGUGCAAAGGUUGGAGCCCCGGUUUCCUCAAGCCUCUAAAACUAGCAUUGGGCAUGUUGUCCAGCUUCUUUACAGAGCCUCCUGCUUCAAGGUCACCAAACGUGAUGAAGAUUCUUCUUUGAUGCAGCUGAAAGAAGAAUUUAGAACCUAUGAAGCUCUGCGGCGAGAACAUGACUCCCAGAUAGUGCAGAUUGCUAUGGAAGCAGGCUUACGGAUUGCACCAGACCAGUGGUCCUCUUUGCUCUAUGGAGACCAGUCUCACAAGUCUCAUAUGCAGUCCAUUAUUGACAAGUUGCAGACCCCAGCCUCUUUUGCACAAAGUGUUCAGGAACUAACUAUUGCUCUUCAGCGGACUGGAGAUCCAGCAAACUUGAACCGCCUGAGACCCCAUUUGGAGCUAUUAGCAAACAUUGACCCAAGUCCAGAUGCUCCUCCUCCUACUUGGGAACAGCUAGAAAAUGGGCUGGUUGCUGUGCGUACAGUGGUACAUGGGCUGGUUGAUUAUAUCCAGAACCACAGCAAAAAAGGAGCAGAUCAACAGCAGCCUCCACAGCAUAGCAAAUAUAAAACAUACAUGUGUCGAGAUAUGAAGCAGAGAGGAGGAUGCCCUCGUGGGGCCAGCUGUACAUUUGCACACUCACAGGAGGAACUGGAAAAAUUUCGUAAAAUGAACAAACGCCUGGUCCCCAGGAGACCCCUGAGUGCCUCUUUAGGUCAGCUUAAUGAAGUGGGCCUGCCUUCAGCCGCCAUCCUUCCGGAUGAAGGUGCAGUGGAUCUGCCCAGCAGAAAACCCCCUGCUAUGCCAAAUGGAAUUGUAUCAGCAGGGAGUACGGUAACCCAGCUGAUUCCCCGAGGGACAGACCCCAGCUACGACUCCAGCCUGAAGCCAGGAAAGAUAGAUCAUCUGAGCAGUAGUGCCCCUGGAUCUCCUCCGGACCUGUUAGAAUCUGUCCCCAAGAGUAUUUCUGCCUUACCUGUGAAUCCGCACCCUGUACCUCCAAGGGGGCCAACAGACCUGCCUCCUAUGCCUGUCACCAAACCACUUCAGAUGGUCCCACGGGGUUCCCAGCUAUAUCCAGCACAGCAGGCGGAUGUGUACUAUCAGGACCCUCGAGGAGCGGCUCCACCCUUUGAACCAGCACCUUAUCAGCAGGGUAUGUACUAUACUCCACCGCCACAAUGUGUGUCUCGCUUUGUCCGACCUCCACCAUCUGCUCCUGAACCGGGGCCUCCCUACUUGGAUCAUUACCCACCCUACCUCCAAGAUCGUGUAGUUAACUCGCAAUAUGGCACACAGCCACAACAAUACCCACCUAUGUAUCCACCACACUAUGAUGGCCGUCGAGUAUACCCUGCUCAGUCAUAUCCAAGAGAGGAGAUUUUCCGGGAGAGCCCUAUACCCAUUGAGAUUCCACCUGCAGCAGUACCAUCCUAUGUACCAGAUUCCAGAGAAAGAUACCAGCAGAUGGAGGGGUACUACCCAGUGGCACCUCAUCCCACUCAGAUCAGACCUCCGUACAUCAGAGAGCCUCCUUAUAGCCGACUUCCUCCUCCUCCCCAGCCCCAUCCUAGUCUAGAUGAGCUACAUCGAAGACGAAAGGAAAUAAUGGCCCAACUAGAGGAAAGGAAAGUUAUCUCUCCACCUCCUUUUGCACCUUCACCAACAUUGCCUCCUAGCUUCCAUCAAGAGGAAUUUUUGGAUGAAGACUUGAAGGGACCUGGGAAAUACAAAGGAAAUGAUUAUAGCCAGUACUCUCCCUGGUCAUGUGACACCAUUGGCUCCUACAUUGGAACCAAAGAUGCAAAACCCAAAGAUGUUGUGGCACCAGGAGGUGUGGAGAUGAUGAAUGUAGAGAGUAAAGGAAUGAGAGACCAGCGAUUGGAUCAUCAGAGAAGAGCAACAGAAACCAGUGAUGAUGACCUCAUCCCAUUUGGAGACCGACCAACAGUAUCUCGGUUUGGCGCCAUCUCUCGAACUUCCAAAACAAUAUAUCCGAGUGCUGGCCCAAUGCAGGCUAUGGCACCUCAGGGAGCUCCCACAAAACCUAUUAACAUCUCAGAUUAUAGUCCGUAUGGAGCCCACAGUGGCUGGGGCGGUUCUCCAUAUUCCCCUCAUCAAAACAUACCUUCUCAGGGACACUUCAGUGAGAGGGAGAGAAUAUCCAUGUCAGAAGUGGCCAGUCACGGAAAACCCCUUCCGUCUGCUGAGAGGGAACAGCUGCGACUAGAAUUGCAGCAGCUAAACCAUCAGAUUAGCCAACAGACACAGCUACAUGGACUAGAGGCUGUUAGUAACAGGCCGGUGUUGCAGCGGGAGGCGAGCGCCCUGGCAGGCCAGUCACAGCCCCCACCACCACCUCCAAAAUGGCCUGGAAUGAUCUCAAGUGAGCAGUUGAGCUUGGAACUGCACCAGGUGGAAAGGGAAAUCGGGAAGAGAACCCGGGAACUCAAUCUGGAGAACCAGUGUUCUCUGGAUAUGAAAAGCAAAUUGAAUACAAAUAAGCAAGCAGAAAAUGGACAACCAGAACCACAAAAUAAGGUUCCAGCUGAGGACCUUACAUUGACAUUCAGUGAUAUACCGAAUGGAUCAGCCUUGACCCAAGAAAAUAUCAGCCUCCUGUCAAACAAGACCAGCUCUCUGAACCUGUCAGAGGAUCCGGAGGGAGGAGGAGACAACAAUGAGUCCCAGAGACCCAGCGUUGCACCCAGUUCUGCUCCCUAAAAUACGAGGAGCCCUACUUUUAUUCUUGGCUCCUAAUCAAUUUGUGGGGCAUAGGGGUAGAAGAAUGUGUAACUUCUAGCCCUUUUCUCUGAGAGUGGUCAGAGAAAUCCAGGAGAAGCACCGGAGGCAAUGUGCACAAACACCACUACUAAAAACAAACUCUGCACAUAGAUCACAUUAAUGCAUUUUUUAAUUUAAAAAAAGAAAAAGAAAAAGAAAAUUAGCAGUAUCUGCAAGGAAUUCAGAUUAAAUUUGUUUUUGUUCUGUGAAUGAACUUUAUUUUAAUAACUUUGGACGCCUUGGAUCCAGGGCUUUAAAAAAAAGAAGAUAUUAUAUAUACACUCUGUUUGAUUAAUUGUAUGAUCUUAAUGAAGUAGGUUUUUCUUGUAUUUUGGUAUUAUUACAUACCCAGUGUAUAAUUCCUUACCCACGGUCCUUUCCAACUCUCACAACCCCAGCAGUUAAAACAGACAAAAAGCACCGGCCUUUCUGAGAAUCUGUGGUGCUUUACAAACAGAGACAGUAACAGACCAGUUACUAGAAAAUGUGCAGCAAACCCACUUUUUCCAAGAACUGUUACUGGAAGCCAUAAUUUUCUUUCCCUUACUGGGUCACUGUCUUCAUACGUAGGAUUUUCCCAGGGCAUGAAAACUUUUUGUUGUUCUGUAGGGUUUUAUUUCUUGUUUUUGUUUUCAGUUUUUCAGAAAGGCAACUAAUUUUUGAAAUUCACAUUUCCAUAUUGUGGGGUCCUUCUCAUUCUCUAAUGUAAUCAGAAAGCCAAGUCAAUAUCUUAGUUGGUUAGAUUUACAUGGAGAUUAUUUUAAGAAUGAACUGUAAUUUAUUAGCACUGAAAAUACGUCGUUGGUGUAUUACCUAUAUUGAAUUGAUGGUUGAAAUUUGGAGCUGUGCUUUUCCAAAUUGAACUUCUGCUGAAAUCAUAGAAUGUUCAAAAACCAGGACAGUCAACCACAUCUUAAAACUGCAGUACUUGAUCUGAAAUUAAAAUGAACAGAGCGACAUUCAUUCAAUGGAUGCUUUUAUUUUGCUCUCAAAAUCCAAUAGUAUGAAAUAAAAUCCCUAUAUAACGGCGCCUCUGGCUUUCAAAGAGAUUUGCCUGGAUCUUAAGGAUAGUUUAGGAAUUGAUUGGUUAUGAGUGUUCAGAAUCAUUAGCACAAGUAGGUAGCAAGUACCUAAAAGUUAAUUGUCAUAGACUUGGCUUUAUAAUAUUGGAAAGAUUCUUCAUGGAAAUGUCAAAAAGAACAAAGAAGCAUUUUUAUUAUUUAGUUCUGCUGCACAUACUCUGGCGCUUGUCUAUACUGAACUAAGACCCUAUAAAACACGUUCAAUGUGGAUUAUUUGAUAUAGUCAAACAAUCCUCCCCAUCCCUCUGUGUGCCUGAUUUUUAAAACUUUCCCUUUCUGGAUUAUACUACUAAAACAGAAAGCACUGGUUAUGUAAUAAGUUACUGCAUUGCCUUGGUUGGGUAAAAGCAAGAGUUUGUAUUUUUCUUGUUUCUUACUUUCUUAACCCUUAACUCCUGCUGAGGUCCUACAACCUCAGUCUAAGCUCUGUGUCCAUCAUACUGUUAACUGAAACAAAUUGGGGGGGAGGGGGGAGGGCAGUACAGUCCUGCCAUUGCCUACCAGUAGGAGAGUCCAAACAGAACACUCUCUUGAGUAGCAAUUAUUUAAUUUGCCCAGUCAAGGCACCGUGUUUAUAUACUAUUUCACAUUGAAUUUGAUUAUGCCCUACAGACCUGGCUGGUCAAGGAUUUGAUAUACACAUAUUGGCUUGGGAUUCGAGCUUUCUUUUUUAUUUAAAUAAAAAUUUAUAUAUAUAUAUUAUAUAUAUAUAUACACAUAUACAUAGCUAUAUCUGUAUAUAUAUUGGGUAUGUUUUAAGGAUUUUUUCGCAUGAGCGCAGCUGUUGCGAUCAAAUGACUGAUUGGGAGGUAGAAGCACUGAAUGAAGAUGAGGCAUUUUUUUCCAUUGAAAUCCGUAUUUUCCUUUUUUGUUAAUACACUUGCUUUUUUGUUUGUUUUGCUUUGCUUAUAACUCUUUCAUAUUUACUCUUUAUGUGCUUAUUGUUGUUUUUGGCAGGAUACAAACUUUGUAUUACUGACA